AUGCAAGGAGUUCGUGGAGUAGUGUCCUGCGCUUCAUGCCGGCAGAGAAAACUGAGAUGCGAUCGCACCGAGCCAUGCAACAACUGCGUUGCGCGCAAGGUUGAAUGCAAAUAUUCUCUGGCAACACGUAGCCGGCCGCUUGCGCAGAGGCAGCAGGGAAGCCAGCCGCAGCUUGAAGGUCGCCUCCGCCAUCUCGAACAGCUCAUAGGCACGCUCGUGGCUGAGCGCUCAAGUAGCAACGACUUGCAAUCUACGACCAGCAACCGAGAUGUCAGUGACUCAACCAUGCUCAAUGGCCCUGCCUUGCGGUCUAGCCCCAGCGGUCAGCCAAGUGAUUCUGAUUCCGCCGCCUUGGACGACGUCAAGCCAGGCCGGAUCGUGGAGAGCAACAGCCAAAUGACGUUUGUUUCUUCUGAUCAUUGGAAAGCAAUCCAAGAUGAGAUUGCCAAGGUUCGCGAGUACGUGGAGCUGGAGAACUCGGCGCUUCCAGACCUCCCAGACGAGAUAGAGCCCACGUCCUCUGACGGCCCGAUAAUUCUAGAGGGGACGUGCGAAUCAACCAUGGACAACAUCCUAUCUGACAUUCCUCCGAGGGCAAUAGUUGACAGGCUGGUGUCCCGAUACUUCAACUCAAAGGAGCCCACUAUUGUGGCUAUCCACGCACAACCGUUUCAAAAAGAGUACAAGCGAUUCUGGCUUGACGAAUCCAACGUCACCCAGCCCUGGAUCGCAAUGCUCUUCGGAAUCAUGUACAUGGGCACGUUUCUAUAUGUCCGAUCUCAAGAUCAGCUGCCAGAGUCGUUUGGCGACCCUCGGCUCGUCAUGGAUACAUUUAGAAGACGUGCCGCCGAAUGUCUCAUCCUUUCUAAAUACGCGACUCAUCCCACCACCUACACGCUCGAAGCGCUCCUCCUCAACGUUCAGUGCGAAUUUGUUCGACAGCCUGAUGCGAAUCUGGGGGUAUGGGUGCUCGCCAGUGUUGCCACACGUCUAGCAAUGCGCAUGGGAUACCACCGGGAUCCCAAGAACUAUGAUCAGAUCUCGCCAUUCCACGGCGAGAUGCGGCGACGCGUCUGGGCAAUGAUCCUUCAACUUGACACUCUAACUUCGUGUCAACUUGGGCUCCCUUCGAUGAUAAACACCCGUCAGUGUGACACGGAGUUGCCGCGCAACAUCCGCAACGAAGACUUUGAUGAGACAUCUGUCGCUCUCCCUCCUCCCCGGCCCGAGACGGAGUUGACGCCGGUACUGUACACGAUAACCAAAGCACGUAUGCUGGCAGUUUUCUGUGCUAUUUUCCAACAAGUAUGUCUGGUUAGACCGGAACGAUACGAACAAGUCAUGGCGUUGGACCGGCGCCUGCACCAGUCUUAUACGUCCAUCCCGCCUUGUCUUCGUAUCGCCAACGUUGAGGACUGCAUCAUGGUGCCUUCUGAUCUAUUGAUCAAACAAUACCAUCUUGAAAUACUCUAUCACAAAGCCCGAUGUAUCUUACACCGUCAUCAUAUGGCAAAGUCGUAUCAAAAUCCCGAAUUCGAGUAUUCCAAGCUAUCUUGUCUCGAUGCAGCAAUGAUGCUCCUCACGCACCAAGAAAACAUCUUCAAGGAAGUCCAGGCCGGGGGGAUUCUAUUCAGGGAAAAAUGGUUCAUAACGUCCCUUGAGCAGCACGACUUCAUUCUCGCCUCAAUGAUCAUCUGUCUUGAACUAAGCUCCAACCCACAGGGACAGGACCCCAGCGCUCUCCAAAUGGGCGAACAGAGUCCUCCAAAAUACAACAAAGAACAUCUCAAUGAUGCCGUUCGUAAUUCGCAUCGCUUCUGGGGCGAGUUCAAGUCAGGCUCUGUCGAAGCCCUACAAGCAUUCCGAGUGCUCUCCGUCCUGCUUGACAAGGUCGCAAUUACUCCAGAACUGCAGAGAAGGCAGGAUGCAUUUUCUACAACGCCCGCUAGUUCUCAUGAAAGAAACCGAAGUCUGUGCACUAGCGAUGGUGGCCAUCUCCCAUCAUCUACCAACGUGCCGAUGCUGCAGAGAAUAGAAGACGUACAAAACCCGCAGCCGGGGCUCGCCCCAAGGCUCGAAGAGAUCGGCGGAAUGCUAAACAGUCCAGAUCUUGUCAAUUGGGAUCUUUGGGAAUCGUAUAUCCAAGAGUCCCGCUUAGAAAUGGAGUUUUAAGGGUCCCAAAACUUGUUCCAGAUGUAGUAAUUGGAGAAAAUAGUU